UCCUGCCAUUAUCGUAACUAUUUGCCCUUUUAUGUUAAGUGCUUUAUUUCUGGUUGUUGAAUUUUCCCAAAAGGUUGGCCAGUGUGACAGUAUGGAGUGGAAGGAAGAGAAGUAAACCAGUUUUGAAGUAUCUAGUGUCAUGAGUGGUGUGACUGCCUCCAUGGCAAAGUGUGCAAAGCUUAGUUUGGAAAUAUUAUACUCGUGUUUGGGUAUAACAACUAAACAUGCCAAAGAAAAAACAGAACAAGAAACCCGAAGGAGGAAUUGGAGAAGAAGUUCGUAUUGCUGUCAAUCUAUGGUUACAGAAAUUUUUACGUACAGAAGAAAGUAAAGAAUUUGAAUUUCCCUCUUCCCUGACUUCUGAUGAACGUGCUUACAUCCACCUGCUGGCUAAAAAUUUGGGUCUGUGUUCAAAGAGCAGAGGCAAGGGAGCAAAUAGGUAUGUAACAGUAUACAAGCGAGAGGGCUCAAGUAUUGUACAAGCAGACGCAGUGUUCCAGCUUGCGCGGUCAUCUCGGCAGCAUAUGUAUGCAUUGCUACUCAAAUUUCCACUCACAAAUAAAGAGCGACAAGAACUGUUGCCUCUUACUGAGAGAGACCGAAUGCUGAAUACUGAAGUGAAGGAUGUGAAUAAAGUCAUGGGUCCUUUGGGCAUUAGUGUUCCCCAUGUGCCACAUGGAGCAGUAAACCAGGAAUUGCUCCCAUUCAGACAAGCGUUACCCAUUUGGUCAGUGAGAGAAGAGAUUAUGAACUUAAUCAACAGCAACCAAGUUGUGGUUAUCAGCGGUGACACGGGAUCUGGAAAGACAACACAGGUCCCACAGUUUAUUCUCGAGCACUGUCAGAGUGCAGGCAAGGCUUGUCGUAUUAUUUGCACACAACCACAUCGCAUUUCGGCUGUUUCUGUAAGUGAACGAGUUGCUGCAGAACGGAAUGAAAAAAUUGGACACUCUGUUGGUUACCAAAUAAGACUAGAAUGCAGAGUAUCUCCGAAAACACUUCUGACUUACUGUACCGGUGGUGUUCUGCUUCGGACUUUGAUGGGAGGAGAUUCAGUUCUUGCUACUGUAACGCAUAUCCUGGUUGAUGAAGUUCAUGAAAGGAAUUGUUUCACAGACUUCCUUCUGAUUGCAUUACGAGAUUCUUUGGCCAAGUUUCGGUCAUUGCGCCUGAUCCUCAUGUCUGCCACGAUCGACACACUUACCUUCACCAGAUACUUCAACAACUGUCCUGUCAUAACAGUUCCUGGGCGACAGUAUGAUGUUCAGGAAUAUUUCUUGGAAGACAUAUUGAAAAGGACCAAAUACAUGAGCAAAAAAAUGCAGAAACUUAAGGCAGAGGCUGAGAGUAAGAAAGAACAACGAUUAAAGCUUGAGAAGUGGACCAAGUAUGUGAUUGAUGGUGUACAUCAGGAACAAGAUUGUAGAAGUGAACGUAGAUCCAUUCCAGUACCAAUCUUGGGUCAGCAGAAUGAGCACCCUUUACCUGAGAAAACAGAACUAGAAACAUGGCUUGUCGAGGAGAUGGAUCACUGUUUGUCCAAAGCGUGGUUGUCGGGCUCAGAAGAUACUUUCACACAGCUCUUACACCUCAUUCUCUCUGAAAAUGUUUCUGUUGAUUAUCAGCAUUCCCAGACAUCAGCAACUCCUCUAAUGGUGGCAGCAGGCAGAGGCUUCCUGAAUACAGUGGAGCAGCUGCUCAGUCUUGGUGCAAACCUUAAUAUUCGGGCAUCCAACGAAUGGACCGCACUGGACUGGGCUCGUGCCAUGAAGCAGAAUGAUAUUAUUGAGCUUAUAGAAGCAUACAUGAACACAGAAUUAAGUAAUUGCCCAGAAUUACUGCCAUCACAUGACGAUCCAGAGCUAGGGGAGGAUGAGAAGGAACUCCUGGACAUUUACCAUCACAGUUUCAAUGAUGAAAAUAUUGACAUGGAUCUCUUGAUGGCCCUCCUCUGUGACAUUCAUACUUCACAGGAUAAAGGUGCAAUUCUUGUAUUCUUGUCGGGAUAUGAUGACAUCAUGAACGUGAGGGAGAGGAUCACAGCUGAGGACAAGAAAUUGACAGAGGCUUCCAAGUACGCUCUCUACACUUUACACUCAAAUAUGCAGACUGGCGACCAGAAGCACGUUUUCCGUCCUCCGCCGCCAGGUGUCCGUAAGAUUAUCCUAUCUACAAACAUUGCUGAAACCAGUGUCACCAUAGAUGAUGUGGUGUUUGUUAUAGAUUUGGGCAAGGUAAAGGAGAAAUCGUACGAUGCCAUGUCAGGCAUUUGCAUGUUACGCCCAGUGUGGAUCUCCCAGGCAUGUUCUCAGCAGCGAAAGGGUCGAGCAGGUCGUACACGUCCAGGCAUUUGUUAUCACAUGUUCUCCAGAAUAAGAUACAAAGCUAUGCAGAAGUACCACACACCAGAGAUCCUUAGAAUGCCAUUACAGGAACUGUGCCUGCAUACAAAACUUCUGGCACCUGCAAACACGCCAAUCGCUGACUUCCUGGCACGAGCCAUUGAUCCGCCAUCAUCUCUUGUCACAAGGAAUGCGGUACAGCUGCUAAAGACGAUUGAUGCGUUGGAUUCGUGGGAGGACCUGACGGAACUUGGCCACCGUGUGCUGGAUCUGCCAGUUGAACCUCGACUUGGCAAGAUGCUAUUGUAUUCUGUGGUGCUGAAGUGCCUGGACCCAGUGCUUACAAUUGUCUGCUGCUUAGCAUACAGGGAUCCUUUCAUCUUGCCUGCACAACCAUCACAAAAGCGUGCUUGCUUCUUGAGCAGGAAGAAAUUAGCUGCCGGAACAUACAGUGACCAUAUGGCUUUGCUCCGAGCAUUCCAGGCCUGGCAGCGUGCACGUUCAGAUGGCUGGGAACGUGUAUUCUGUGAGAAGAAUUUCAUUUCUGCUGCAACGAUGGAGAUGGUGGUAGGAAUGAGGAUGCAGCUGCUAGGGCAGUUGCGAGCUUCGGGAUUUGUUCGAGUCCGAGGUAGCGGUGACAUUCGUGAUCUGAACAACAAUUCUGAUAACUGGGCUGUUGUGAAGGCUGCCCUAUGUGCUGGAAUGUAUCCGAACCUCCUCCGAGUGGAUCGGGAACAUCUCCAACUGAGAGCACUGAAAGAAUUCAAAGUUACAUUCCACCCCUCAUCAACCUUACAUGACUGCCCCAAAUCAGCUCGUACAUCAGUGGCUGCAUCACAUUCAGCAACGGUGGAGGGUCUUCCAUCAGACUGGCUCAUUUAUGAAGAGAUUAGCCGCUCGGGGCGAUUCUGUCAUGCUCGCUGCUGCACUCUGGUCACGCCUAUUACAGUUGCUCUCUUUGCUGGACCAGCACGAAUGCCACUGGAUGCUGUGUCAGAAGCAGAAAGUGAGCAUGUGUUCCGAGGAGAGGGUGGCAUAGAGACUGAGAGUGACAGUGAAGCAGAGGAAAUACCAGAUGGACAAAACACGACUCUUAAACUUGACGAAUGGGUUGUGUUCCGUGUUGAUGCCGAAGCUGCACACUUAGCACUGCAACUCAGACAGAAGUGGCAUUCAUUGUUCUUGCGCCGCAUGAGGGCUCCUGCUAAGCCUUGGUCUCAGGUGGAUGAAGCAGUGAUAAAGACAGUCGUUAAUGUGCUGACUGCAGAGGAGGAAGCAGUGGGUUUACAGCAGCCAUCAGGAAUCGGCCGGCGUCCAUGGCCGUUGAGCGUCAACUAUAAUGUACAUGGAUCCAGGGCAUCCACGGAAGAAGUGGAAACACAAGAGGAGAGCAUCUUGGGCGGUGCUGAAAGCAGAACUGGCUUCAGGCAGCAAAAGAAAUUUGAAUAUGCACCAAAAGUGACCUCUGAUCAUGGUGAACGUUCAGAUACAGGGAGCAUCAGAUCGUUUGGCAGUGGAAACAUGAGUGAAACCCCAUCUCCUACGCCAUCCCACGGAAGUGCUGGGGAUAACACGACAUUGGCUAGCAGCCCCACUGCAGGGGGAGGGCCAGUUACUUCACGCUACUUCAUCAUUAAAGCAGGCAAUUUCAAGACCAUCGAGGCUUCUCUUAGUCGUGGUGUUUGGGCAUUUACUCCCAAUACAGAAAGAAAAAUGAUACGUGUAUUCAAGGAAGGCAAGCGGGUGGUACUGGUGUUCAGUGUGCAAGGCAGUGGACACUUUCAAGGAUAUGCACAUCUGAGUGCAGAUAAGCCAGACUCCACAACAGGUACAGCAGACCAGUGCUUUGAACUGAGUGGUCCUAACCUCAGUCCGCCACUCCCUAUUGAAUGGAUUAAGCGAGCCAACAUCCCCUUUCAGGCAACUCGCCAUUUACUGAAUCCGUACAACGAGAACAAAAGAGUUCAGACAAGUCGUGAUGGACAGGAGAUUGAACCCAGUAUAGGCGAGGCACUAUGUAAUCUAUGGGACAAAAUACCUCCAUUUGUGCCAAAGUCCACUUUCUUUGGUUCACUCAAGACAUCUCAAGAUAUGCCUGAAACUGCAGCACCAUCUAAGAAUAUGGGAUAUUACGGACGCCCAAUCAGGGGGUAUUCGUACUUGGGAUGUGGCCCAGGUUACCAACAUUAUAACAUGAACUAUGGUCACCGUGGCCAACAUCCAAAGUAAACAAGUGUAGUGCUGUGUAUUAAUGAAGAAGGGUGAUGUCCUUGAUUUUGUCAGAACUGUUCACACUGGAAUCUGUGGACUGAAUGUGCUCAUUGUUACAAAUGUAUAAAGUUCUGCUGCUGUGUGUAGUGUGAUACAUAAGUUUCUCUUGGCCUCUGGAGGCAAUACUAGGAAGAUGUGGAUAUUCUUUUGGAAUGUGAUACCACAAGAAGAGAUUGUAAAUUUGUUAUAAGUUGUAUUCUUUUACAUUGUGAUAUCAUAAGAAGGGUGGUAAGACAUCUUAGAAUUAGUCAGAAACAGCAUUUUAUGAGACUAAAUAUCAUAGAAUGAUUGUAACACAUUUUAAAAUGUCUGAAAGUGUCUGGAUUGCAAGAUUAGUGAAUUUAGAGAUGCCAGCUGCUUUAAGUGUAUCCAUAGUCAGAAGUCUUCAGGAUUACAGCUAUGUUCAAUACUUGUUUCUUAGAUUUAAAUAUUGUUACCCAUAUUUAACAUUGUCUUUUUUUGAAACAAAUUUAUAAGUAUUGCUAGUUUAAACUGACUACAUGUCAAACUUAACAUAUUACUGCAUCGGCAGUUUUCACUGGUAUUUAUUCAAUAAGAAUAGCUUUAGUGUAGAAAGGAACAGUGCAGUCGUCACCUUUGAAGAAUGACUAAAUAAAAUGACAUAACAUUUGACUUCUUGCUUAAUUUGUAGAGGUUUUUUCAAGGGUUGGACUGAUACUGAAAAGUGAACCAUGGCUAAAAAAGACUGUUAAUCCUUUGAGACAGGAGUUGAUACAAUAUCCAGUAUAUCUUAUAUUGCUGAUGUGCAAAACACUAAGGAAUCUUACAUUCAAAGGAAAAAUUACUGAUUUCCUUGUUGGUCUUCAAUUUUUGUAUUUUAGAAAAGUGUAGAUAAGAGUUGUGUUCCUUCAUACUGUCACAUGUUAAGAGUGUAAUUAUAGGUGGGGUUCGGAUAGGUAAUUGGAUUUAUCACACACUUUUGCAACUCACUAGUACAAAUAACUAUGACAGUCUUGCUGAGUUAAACACUCCAGAGGUCACUGUAACUACAGUAAACAUAAACUCUUCUCAGUCUUCACAAGCUGUUGCUUGGUAGCGGCUUUCAACAGUAGACAUUCCCCUUCCUCUAGGUUCCUGAACUGUCCCCCGCCUCAGCUACCAGCUUCUCAGUUCUCACAACUGCAGCUCUUAACUAACUUAGUCACAACUGAACUCUUAGUCCUUGUUAUGUAGCCAUGGCAUGGACUGUACAGAUACUCUUCCAUUAUUGUGUUUCUCUUGUUGCAAGGAAAACAGCACAUCCACAGAGCUGUUCCCUAACAAUGGCUGUUGUACUGUCACCUUGUUUACACAGCUGUUACUUGGCAGUGGGUUUACAUAUCAAUACCGUUCUUUUUCUUAUCAGUAGCUCCACACUAGUGGAUUUUCUUGAUAGCAGAUGGCACUGCCCAGUCCAGUCUGAGAUAUUUGAAUUGCAUGUAGGUGUGUUUGUGUUGUCAGUUAUCAGUGUGGCAGAGCCAGUUGAAGCGUAAGCUUAUUUGUUAGUUACAGAAGUAACUGUAUUAAUAUUGAUUGCCAUGCAGUGUAGUAGAGUUAUCAUUCGUUUAUUAUUGAGGUUCAUUUCUCAGAGGUUGGCAUCUCAUAUAAUUUAAUCACAUUUUCUGUCAUUAGUCACAAAUAUAAUUAUGUGAAAAAUGCUAUUAUUUAUUGUAUGAUCAAGUAAAACUACUGUAUAAUUAUUUAAACACUCUGUAAUUUUAACAUCAUUUGUUCAAAGUAAUUUAUACUUCCUCUUCUGUUCUUAUUGCCUACAUGAAGCAUUGUAGGCACAAUUCUACAGUACAUGUCACUUGGUGGGGUUCCUAAGUGUUAGUUUUAUUGCUGUUUGUAAGAAUCCCUGCCAUCGCUCGAUAUGGGUUUUGUUUUCAGUCUGUUCAUUUACUUACAGAGGAAGGUUGUGGUUUCUGUUUCCAUACUUGUAUUAUCCUAAUAAGAAAUGUGCAGAAGUCUGAAUCAGCAGGAACAAAACAGGAAGGGUUCCAUCUUCUGAAAUAUAAUGCUGUGUAGACUGUUGAAAGUCAACCGACAUUUUGGAGAAACAUGUUGCUUCCACCAUCAGGGUUGAAGAAUAAGCCGAGCUGAGCUUGUAACCCAUGUCACAUUGGUUUCUUGCAUUCUUCUACCCUGUUCCUCCAAAAUGUCUGUUGCCUCUCACCCAACUAUAUGGCAUUAUUUCCCACAUGAUAAAACUCUUCAUAACCACUGCUGUGAGCACGUCAUCAAGUCCUAUACAGAACAGAAGAACACUGUGCAGCUGAUUUCAUGGUCUGCAAAUUUCCUUAAGUGUAAUUUGAGUUAUGUGUAGAGUGCUCUUUUUGUGUAGCUGUGUCAUUAAUAAAUAUAAGCCAGUUUUUUUU